AUGAGGGUGGAGGAGUCAAUGUUCUACCAAAAGGCGAUACUGGCGCCGAUGGUGCGCGUGUGCAGCCCUGGCUUUCGCGCCCUGUGCGGCGCUCACGGUGCUGAUGUUGUCUUCACAGAGGAGGUGGUGGCCGCCAAGCUUGCGACGUGCCGGCGCGAGGUGGUGCACUACCCCACAGUAGACACGCCAAUGGCCGAAUAUGUUUCCUACGACGCUUUCAAAAACACCUACAAGCGUUCUGUUGUACUGAGCAUACCUAUGCGUGGCGCCACCACCUACGCCGGGCCCAAGGCGAAGUGCAUCACUUCCCCUCGCAUUGUGCUGCAACUUGGCGUCGCAGACGCUGAGCUUGGUGCGGCUGCGGCGCUUGUGUGCAGCGAUGACAUUGACGGCAUCGACGUCAACAUGGGGUGCCCAAAGAAGUUUAGUGUGCAGAACGGCUUCGGCGCUGCGCUGAUGAAGCGGCCGGAGGUGGGCGGGGCGAUUGUGCGGGCCGUGCAUGACGCUGUGAACAGCAACGCAAGUGUGGAGGCUCGGGGCGGCAGGCGUGUCGCUGUGAGCCUCAAGACACGUCUUAAGGAGACUACGGAGGACACUGUGGAGAUGCUGCGAGCGAUGCUGACGGCGGCGCACCACACGCCGACGAGUCCUGUCCUGCACGCUAUCACCGUUCAUGCCCGCACCCCCAACCAGCGGUCUGAGCAGGCUCCACUGUACAGCCGUGCGGCAGAGGUGGUGCGGACUUGCAGAUCCGACACCGCCUUUGAGGGUAUCUGCUUUGUUCUGAACGGUUCCAUCCUGUCGCGACAAGACGGAGAGGCAAAGUGUGCUCUGUACGGAUUUGACGGAGCCAUGAUUGCUCGCGCCGCCCUGGAGGACGCGCGGUGCUUUCACCGGGAAGGCCGCGAGCUUCCGACGUCCUCCGCUGCUGACGAGGGCGAGGCACAGUUGGCGGAGGACGCCAAGGAGUACGCCAUGUCCAUAAUGAAGGAGCUUUUUUUCUACUCAGUGCGCUACCGUACCCUCUUCCACAACUUCAAAUACCACCUCACACGCGCGUUUCCGGUGGUGAAGGUACUAAAACCGCUCAUGAAGGUGGUACAGCUUGACCUACGCAGCUACGCCGACUGCUACGAGUUCUUCCGCUUGAGUGUAGAGGAGAGGGCGCUGAUAGACUCGUGUGCGCAAACGAUGGAGCUGUUCGCUGCCAAGUCGGUGCCCGUGCUAAAGCGUGCAGCGACGCCCCCGGCGGCGAGUGAUGAGUAUGGCGAGCUGGCGCACAAGCUUGCCCGUGUCGAGGGGAUGGCGAAGGCGUCAACGUAA